AUGGUGAACCCACCUCUAGAGUCCGGUGUGGGCUAUGGCAUAGUCCUUGGCCUGGGCUUCGCAUUCGCCUUAGGCAUGAUCCUCGUGACAUUUGUCUUACGGCGAUACAACUCUGAGCUUGUGACUUCGGAAAUGUUCAACACUGCUGGAAGAACAGUGAAAAGUGGUCUAGUUGGGUCUGCAGUCGUCUCAUCAUGGACAUGGGCAGCGACACUUCUGCAAAGCACAGGCGUAUGUUACCGAUAUGGUGUCUCCGGUCCUUUCUGGUAUGCUUCUGGUGCCACAGUCCAGAUCCUGUUGUUCGCAACUCUUGCCAUUGAGCUGAAGAGACGUGCACCGAAUGCGCAUACAUACCUCGAAGUCGUUAAAGCUCGAUAUGGAACCUGGGUUCACGCCGUCUUCACCGUGUUUGCGCUAGCAACCAAUAUCUUGGUCAGCCUGAUGUUGAUUGUGGGAGGUUCGGCCACUGUCUCUGCUCUUACCGGGAUGAGUCAGAUUGCAGCUAUUUUCUUGCUGCCUGUAGGUGUUGUGGCAUACACGCUGGUCGGUGGCCUGAAAGCGACUAUCUUGACGGAUUGGAUUCACACAUUCAUCCUGUUGAUCAUCAUUAUCAUAUUUGCACUAACUGCUUAUGCGACGUCUGAUACCCUCGGGUCUCCAUCGGCUGUCUAUGACUUGCUUGUGCAGGCUGCUUUCGAUCACCCUGUCGAGGGCAACGCUGAAGGAAGUUACUUGACCAUGCGAUCUCAAGAAGGCGUUAUCUUCUUUGUGAUCAACAUCGUUGGUAACUUCGGUACUGUCUUCCUGGACAAUGGCUAUUACAACAAGGCGAUUGCUGCAUCACCAAUUCACGCUCUCCCCGGCUAUAUCAUUGGCGGCUUGAGCUGGUUUGCAAUUCCUUGGCUGACCGCAACCACCAUGGGACUUUCGGCGUUGGCUUUGGAAAGUUCUCCAGUGUUUCCGACUUAUCCCGACCGUAUGUCAGAUGCUGAUGUUUCGGCUGGUCUUGUGUUGCCAUACGCUGCUGUUGCUUUGCUGGGCCGUGGCGGUGCUAUUGCUACUCUGCUCAUCGUCUUCAUGGCUGUCACAUCCGCGACAUCUUCUGAGCUGAUCGCCGUUUCUUCUAUUUGUACUUAUGAUUUGUACAGAACCUACUUUAAGCCUGAUGCAAGUGGCAAGAGACUGAUCUGGAUGUCCCACUUUAUUGUCUGCGCAUACGCUCUAUUCAUCUCAGCUUUCUCGGUUGGUCUUUAUUACGCAGGGAUAUCUAUGGGUUACCUUUAUUUGAUGAUGGGUGUCGUCAUUGGUUCUGCUGUAUUACCUGCAACUCUGACUCUUGUUUGGAACGGACAGAACAAGUGGGCGGCAGGACUAUCGCCAAUCCUUGGACUUGCCUUCGCGCUCAUCGCAUGGCUUAUCACCGCCCGUAAGGAAUGUAAUGCUCUUGACGUCACGUGCACCGGCUCUAACAACCCCAUGCUUGCUGGCAAUGUUGUUGCGCUUCUAUCGCCAGUUAUCAUCAUUCCUCUAUUAUCCUUCGGCUUGGGACUUCAGCACUAUGACUGGGUGUCGAUGAUGCAAAUCCGGAAGGGUGACGACCACGACCUUGCCACUACCGCUGGCGUCGAUCUUGAGAACGUUGUCGGCGGUCACACUGAGACUGACACCGAGUUUGCGGAGGAACAGAGCAAGCUCAUGCGCGCAAGCAAAAUCUCUAAAUGGACCACUGUCUUCAUGACACUGGCGUUCUUGGUUGUUUGGCCAUUCCCGAUGUUCGGGUCUUCGUAUAUUUUCUCCAAGCCCUUCUUUACCGGUUGGGUCACUGUUGGCAUCAUCUGGAUCUUCUGUUCUCUCGGCGCGGUUGGCAUCUUUCCUGUCUUCGAAGGAAGACAUACACUUAUGCGCACUUCAAAGGCGAUCUUCAUGGAUAUCACGGGUAAGAAAUCGGUUCAGACUAUACGGGCUGAGCACACCGAAGAGCUUGAGCAUGAGAUUCGCACUGAGAAGGAGAAGGCUGGAAAGGGCUCCGAUACCCCUCCGAGCCGAGAGGUUCCCCAAGAAGCGGUGUUUUCUCAAUAA